UUUGUGUUGCCUAAUCAACGCAGGUGCUUCUGCCACGCCGAACGAGUGUUCAUAGGGCACAGUACAGCUGUGCGAGGAGACGCCUUUGUAUACAACUCGGACAUGUACUCAUGAAUCCUGAAGCUGUGUCUUUGCCGUGAUUUCGUGCAUAGGUUGGUAAACAGCCAACUACCGCCUUUGUUUAAAGACAGACACAACUUCACAUUUGAGCUGGUAGACUGGACUGGCUAUCGCGUCUUCACACCAGCUAACUACGUAGAAUGCUAGACUAGCGAGGAAACCCCGUCCAACUCUACGGUGGGCUUGCAGCCAGUUGGGUAACCAUGGCACCUGGACCACCACCCCCGAGCUCCGGUAUGGAGCUAGUUACCUCGCAGUAGCAGCUACCGGUCAGGCUUGGGCGCCAUGCCGUGCCCCGUCCAGCUCAUGUGCCGCGCUGUGCGCACUGUUGGCCUGGUCCUGUUUUAUUACGUCUUCUCUAUAGGAAUAACUUUCUACAACAAAUGGCUAAUGAAGGGUUUCCACUUCCCUCUCUUCAUGACCCUGGUCCAUCUCAGCAUCAUCUUCAGCCUGUCUGCGCUGUCCCGCUGGGCGCUGCAGUGCUGGACAGGCAAGCCCAGAGUCGUGCUCAGCUGGGCCGACUACAUCUUCAAAGUGGCCCCCACUGCUUUGGCAACCGCCCUGGACAUCGGUCUAUCUAACUGGAGCUUCCUCUUCAUCACCAUCAGCCUGUACACCAUGACCAAGUCCUCUGCUGUUCUCUUCAUCCUCUUCUUCUCUCUCAUCUUCAAGCUGGAAGAACCGAACCCGUUCCUGGUGGUGGUGGUUCUGCUGAUAGCCAGUGGGCUCUUCAUGUUCACGUUUGAGUCGACCCAGUUCAACCUACAGGGCUUCAUCAUGGUGCUGCUCGCCUCCUUCAUUGGGGGAAUCCGCUGGACCCUCACACAGCUGCUCAUGCAGAAAGCAGAGCUGGGCCUACAGAACCCUAUAGACACCAUGUACCACCUGCAGCCUCUCAUGUUCCUGGGCCUCUUCCCCCUCUUCCUCUACAACGAAGGGCUGACUCUGACCAUGUCGGAGAAGCUGUUCCGUGUGUCGGAGCUGCGCCCCCUGCUGUCCUCCCUGCUCCUGCUGUGUGUGGGCGGCUCCCUGGCGUUCGGCCUUGGCUUCUCAGAGUUCCUGCUGGUCUCACGCACCUCCAGCCUUACGCUGUCCAUCGCUGGGAUCUUCAAGGAGGUGUGCACUCUGCUGCUGGCGGCGAGGCUGAUGGGAGACCGCAUGAGCAGCAUCAACUGGCUGGGCUUCGCUGUGUGUCUGUCCGGCAUCUCUCUGCACGUGGGCCUCAAGACCUACUACUCUAGGGGUAGGUGGCCCCCUAGGGGCCUGACUGGGCCACCUGAACUGAGACUGUGUACGUGGUUUAUUGGUAAUGGGAUGGCUGUUGUUGAUGCUGUUGUUUAUUUAUUUCUGGUUAUGUACCCUCCAGGUAAAGGCCACUUGUUGAGAGCGCUGGCCAGUAAGAGCAGUCCUGAUCCUAACCCUGAUCUAGAGCUUCCUCUGUUGAGGAGCGAGGAGGAGGAAGAGGAGGAUGAGAUUCACCACUGAAUCAUAGGAGCAGAAUUAACCGACCGUCUGACUGACUGGUUUAAUGACUGGUUCAAUGACUGACUGACUGGUUUAAUGACUGACUAAGUGGUUCAAUUACUGGUUCAAUGACUGACUGACUGGUUUAAUGACUGACUAACUGGUUUAAUGACUGCCUGACUGACUGGUUCUAUGACUGCCUAACUGGCUGGACUUCAGGUUGCAGAGAAGACUGAUGUUAUCAGAGAUCCUCUCCAGGUCCUGACCUCUUGUAGCACUCUGGGAUUCUGGUCUUCCUGUUUUCCUGUACAGCCCCUGUGCCUUCUAACCCUGCCCGUCAACACACGCCUCAGGACCAGCAGCACAACCAAACACCUCUCCCUGAACCGGUGAAGCGGUCACCGUGGUAACGACAUCCCCGUGGCAACGACCCACGGUGUUAUAAUCACGUGGUGUGUAUAUGUAACAGGAGCUCUACUGUCUUCAUCUCUGGUAAACAGCCCAAUAUCAAACCCAACUGGCUGGUGCACAGACACCAGUAUUGUGGUCCAGUAUGAAGCUGUGGGCAUGAUGACCUAUAGCCCCCCCCGGACCUCCAGAGUGGGGGCACAGCUGCACCCCUGGUACCCAUGCCAACAUACCCAGUUGCUGCUCCUAAUAUUUUGCACCUUCUCUGGAGGGUUCUAAGUGUUCAUGUUCAGGUUGGAGGGUUGGGUGGUGCUAGGCCUGGGCUACAGUGUUGGGUUGGAGGGUUGGGUG